AUAAUCAGAAAACACUGGCAAUAUUGCCAGCUGUUUGACAACUGUGUAAAUUUUUCGGAAGAAAAUUUCAACUCAAUUAUUUUAGCUUUUUGUUUGCUGUAUUAUUAAUUCUAAAUAAAAGACAUUGCAAAACAGUGUUUUUGUAAAUACUGCUGUGUAUAUUUCGCUGUGAUGUGCUAUGAAAUGUCGUUUACUAUAAAUAGAUCGAGGUGCAGUUACCAUAGUUCGUAAUAUUCUGUUUGAUGGUGGAUCAGACAUAUUGAGCGAUAUUUGGUAAAUAUGGGGAGGAGACAGGAACCAGCCUGGGCUCUGGGCACCGUGGGCCUAGCCGCGGCCAGGGAGCGUGGAGAUAUAGACAGGAAAUUUCAGAAUCGCCUAACUGUGACUCGUAGUAUGAUUGAUAGAUUAGGUCUAGAAAAAGAACUGCACGGGCAUAUGGGAUGCGUUAAUUGCUUAGAAUGGAACAGUGAUGGAUCGGUUCUAGCGUCAGCCUCUGAUGACCUCCACGUUAUACUGUGGGAUCCGUACAGAUAUAAGCAGCUGCACAACAUAUCUACUGGUCACACAGGAAACAUAUUCUCAGUUAAGUUCCUCUCAGAAGACGUGAUAGCAACGUGCGCGGCGGACGGCUCGGUGCGUGCUCGCGACAUCACCGGCGGCGGCUCGCUGCUGGAAUGCUCGUGCCACUGCGGUAGAGUCAAGCGCCUCGCUGCAGCGCCUGACAAGCCUCACCUGCUGUGGUCUGCGGGGGAAGAUGGACUUGUUUUGCAACAUGACCUGCGGUCGCCCCACCGCUGCAACUCGGACUCCGCCAACGUGCUGGUGAACCUGCUCAACCACAUGGGGCGCUACGCGGAGGCCAAGUGCCUGGCCAUCAACCCGCGCCGCCCCUACCAGCUGGCCGUCGGCGCCAACGACUUCUACGUACGCCUCUACGAUACCAGGAUGAUCAAAUUGGCCAGGUUGCAGGAGGAAAUGCAGGUGACGGCGCCGACUACCCGCAUUGCGUGGGAGCGCCAAAACGUGCGCUGCUCGCGCGCGGGCCACGGCGACCGCGACAAUAACAUACCGCGAGCGGCCGUGCAGUACUACGCGCCGGGCCAUUUAUCCAUGGAGCCAAAUGAGCAUACCUUUCCAAAGAAAGCCACGACCUACGUGGCGUUCAGCCAUGACGGCAACGAGCUACUCGUCAACCUGGGCUCCGAACAGGUAUACCUAUUCGACAUUAACAACGCCAGGAGGCCUGUCCUUGUGGAGAGCUUCAUAAUUCAACACAACCACGGUUACCGUGAGGGUGAAACCAAACAAUCGCCCAAGAAUGGUACCACUGCGAGCAGCAGUGCGGGGGCCAAUGGUACCAUCGAACAGCAGCCGCAGUUACCCGACAGAGUACGGCAGAUUAAAGAAAUGGCGAACGAGCUAGUCAACAACGGGAAUUACACGUCCGCGGUAGAGCUGUACAACACCGCCAUCGCUGAGUGUCCCGACUGCGCCAUCUUGUACUCCAACCGCGCGGCGGCGCUCAUGAGGCGGUGUUGGUCAGGGGAUACGUACGCAGCCAUCAAGGACUGCUACAAGGCCAUCAAGCUGGACUCGGGUCAUGUCAAGUCCCAUUUCCGCCUCGCCAAAGGCCUAAUGGACUUGAAGCGUGCCCGAGAGGCGCACGAAUGUCUGCUGUACUUCAAAGACAAGUUCCCCAAGCAUGCGGAGAGCCAUGCCGUGUUCCUGCUGCAAAAAGACAUCAACGUGGCGCUCGAGACCAUGGAAACACAGCCUGAUGAAGUGGACGAAGAUGGCCAAUCGGGCAGCGCGCUCGAGCGCCAGUCUCGCAGCACCGCUUUGGAUUACAGCUGCAGGUUUCUCGGCCACUGCAACACGACGACUGACAUCAAGGAAGCCAACUUUCUUGGACCUGAUGCUAAUUUUGUGGCAGCUGGGUCUGACGACGGCAGCCUGUUUAUCUGGUGCCGGAAAUCUGGAAAUAUCAUCAGAUGUCUUCGGGGUGAUGAGUCUAUAGUGAACUGUGUGCAGCUUCACCCCACUAUGUUCCUGCUAGCCACCAGCGGCAUCGAGGCCGUCGUGCGUCUCUGGAGCCCUAGGCCCGAGGACGGCUUAGGCGAGUCGCGCGUGGUGCCGGAGGCGGGCGCGGCGGCGGCGGCCAACCAGCAGCGCAUGCGCAGUGACCCUUUUGAGGCCAUGCUGCUCAACAUCAGCUUCGCCGGCGGCACCGAACGCGAGAUGCACUCUCCCGCGUGCCGCGCCACGUAAACUCAGCCUACAGAUCGAUCUCUUUUCACGGAUUUCCAACAAACAUCACCAAGUCAUUUGUAAAUAUAAUAAUAAUUAUUAUAAUUAUAGUAAAUAUACGAUUA